AACGAUCCCAUUGGUACGGUAUUUUUAACCAUGUAAAUAUCAAGCUCCUCCUACAAAACAAUACAUUCGGUCGAAUCGAGUUGUGUUGAGAACAAUCGCACGGAGCUGUGAGCCGCAGAAGCAUAACUGAAUUACGAAUGAGCUGUAAACAUCCUGCUUCAAGCAUUCAAAGUGAAGACUAAGAAUCAGAGGCACUGCCACCUUUUGGAAAGUAGUGAAUGCAAAAAUGUGGCGUUCAAUUCCAAAAUAUUUGAUCAAUAACAUAAUAUUUCGAAACAGAGUGGAAAGGCUACCAGCUGGACAGAACUCUCUGUGUCGUCCCAAACAGGAAGUUUCUCUUCAAAGUUACAGACACCACAUACCCACAGCUUUUAAAAUAAGUAUGCCAAUUUCAGUUAUCGAAAAAGUAGAGGCCUUUGAUAAACAGCGGUGCAUCACUGUUCACUGGGAUGAUGGAAACCACAGCCAAUAUCCUUAUGUGUGGUUAAGGGAUAACUGCCAAUGUCCCCAGUGCUUCCUGUCUUCAGCUAAAGCAAGAAAGCUUCCAAUAGAAGAUUUGGAUGUGAACAUUUCUGUAGAGAAAGUAAUUUCAACUGAUUCAAAGAUUUCAGUUGUAUGGCCUGAUCAACACAUUAGUGAAUUUGAUUCCAAUUGGUUGAAAACAAGAAGUUUUGCCCAAACAACAAGAAAAGAGAUACAACAAAAGCUCUUCUUAACAGAUCAACAGAAUUGGGGUUCCGAACUUCAAAUCCCUACUGCCAGCUUUGAGGAGGUGCUGGAUAACGAUGAAGUUGCCUAUCAAUGGCUGAAAACUCUCCGUAAAAUAGGAGUUAUGCUACUAAAGAAUGCUCCAGCAGAAAAAGGACAAGUGGCUAAGUUGGGAGAAAGGAUUGGCUACCUGAGGUUAACAUUUUACGGGCUUACCUGGCAAGUGGAAGAUAAGGCUGAUGCCAACAAUGUGGCUUACACAAGUGGGAAACUGAGCCUACAUACUGACUAUCCGGCACUACAUCGUUCCCCUGGGAUUCAGCUUCUUCACUGCAUAAAACCAGCAGAAAUUGGAGGUGAAACACAAAUAGUGGAUGGAUUCCAUGUCGCCAAUCAACUGAGACAACUGAAUCCUGAAGCAUUCCGAAUCCUGACAUCUAUUUUGGUUGAUUUCACUGACUCUGGAGUCGAUUACUGUGAUUUCUCUCUCCAAUCCAAACAUAGAAUAAUCGAUUUGGAUCAUAAUGGAAAAGUUAUUCAAAUCAACUUUAAUAACGCUACUCGGGACUCAAUCUUUGAUGUCCCUGUGGAACUGGUGCAUCCUUUCUUUUCUGCUCUCAAGGACUACAUCAAUCUUAUGUACAAGCCGGAAAACCUAAUUACCUUCAAGAUGGAGGCAGGAGAUGUACUCACCUUUGAUAACUGGAGAAUAUUACAUGGCCGUCAGAACUAUAUUUCUACCGUUGGUUCUUCACGUCACCUAGAAGGAGCUUAUGCAAGCUGGGACGAGGCUAUGUCACGACUGCGUUGUUUAGAACAAGCAUUGUAUGGCAACAAAUAGAUAAUUUAGAUAUUAAAAAAUGGUCGUAAUAGAGCAAGCUAUUGAUCAAUAGUAGAAAGAUGAUUUUUAGCAUUAAAUAGUGAAUCCUAAAUGUUUUGACAAUGUAUGCCUCAUAUUAUCAUGUGGGAGAAGCAGGAUAUGUGGAUUAAUAGUUAUAUGGAUCUGGGAACAAGAAAAUGUUAGUAUUUCAGGGGAUCAUUUAAGUUAAGCAUUUCUGACUUGGAGAGAGGCAGGACUGGGAAACUGAUGCUGAGCAGUGUUCCUUCUGUGCCAUGUGCCGGUCCAUCAAGUGGCGCCCACCUGCUGAAUAAAUUAGGUUUACUGCAAGUCUGACUCACAAGUAAAGAACUGGUGGCCUCCCACUUAAAAGAAAACCAACAGACAAGUGGCAAGAUGACAUGAUUAAUCAGAUAGAAUUAAAAUCCAAAAUUCAGCCCUGCUAGUUCUUGGAGCACAAAGCUACAUCAGCAGUUUUGUCCCUCUCACCACUCUCCCUUCCUCUUGCAGCCUCUUUGCUGGACCUCGCUCACACCAUGUUGUGGCUGGAAAAGCUGUUGGGUAGGAGGUCAACUAAUGCACAGCAAGUAUGUGAUCUUACGGACAAAAGUAUGGCAUUGUCUUAUUUUUGUGUCAACUUUACGCCAUAACCUUUGAUACAAUCUAAAGGAAAGUACUUCUUCACCAUAUAAAAUAGCCACACGCCAUGACAAAGAUAUCUAGAUUUUAAAAAUUUGUGAUACCAACAAUGCAAUUAGAGUGGCAUGGUGGCUCAGUCAUUAGCAUUGCUGCCUCACAGUGCCAGGGACCCGGGUUCAAUUCCAGCCUCGGGCAGCCGACUGUGUGGACUUUGCACAUUCUCCCUGUGUCUGCUUGGGUUUCCUCCGGGUGCUCCGGUUUCCUUCCACAAUCCAAAGAUGUGCAGGUCAGGUGAAUUGACCGUGCUAAAUUGCCCAUAGUGUUAGGUACAUGAGUCAGGGGUAAAUGUAGGGGAAUGGGUCACUCUUCAGAGGGUUGGUGAGGACUUGCUGUAGGGAAUCUAAUCUAAUACAGAAUUAAGUACGGCAAAUGUGGCGAGUCUAUUGAAAAGGUUAAAGGCUUUAACUGGAAUAAAUAUAUGAAGAUAUUUGAAAAAUAUUUUAUCACAGACAAAAAUCGCAAUCCUACCAAUAAAAAUAUUCUAUUUUCCAAA